CCUCGUGAUUGGCUGAGCGCUCAGUGGACGCCUUAAUGUUUAAUACUAAUGUUCCCCUGGUUGGCUGAGGACUGGGAAGGUCCAACCAAUGUUUUUCACUUGCUUUAGUGGCUGCGGCUCCCUAAUUAAUUGCAGCUAUCUGUCUCCUAUCGAUGUGUGUGUACAUGUGUGUUGUGUGUGUUUCCCCUUUUCUCCCCAAACCGAACAUGAAAUAGUUUGUUGGGCUAUACUUUCUUUCUUCCUUUCUAAUCCCCCCUUCCUUCCUUCCCGUCCUGGUUCGCUGGUGGAGACCGGGAGGACUGAAACCCAGCUGUGUUCGCCGCCCGCCUCUGCUCGCCGCCGGUUCCCCCCUCACUGCUCGGUGAUGUUGGACAUGGGAGAGCGCAAAGAGGUGAAGAUGAUUCCCAAAUCGUCGUUCAGUAUAAACAGUUUGGUGCCGGAGGCCGUGCAAAGCGACAACAACAACAGUCACCACCACCACCACCACCACCAGAACCAGAGCCAGAACCAGCACCGGGCUGUUGGUCCGGAUGAUGCCGAGCAGAAGGCGCCUCUCCCGGCCUCGCAGCCGGACGUCAAAGCGGACCCGAAAAGUGAGUCGCUGAACCCGGAGAGCUGCCCGGAGGAGAAGCAGGAGGAGAAGAAGGACGGGAAAGAGGGAGAGAAGGACGGAGAGAAGAAAAGUGGCAAGUACGAAAAACCUCCUUUCAGCUACAACGCUCUAAUAAUGAUGGCUAUCAGGCAGAGUCCGGAGAAGCGGCUAACUCUCAACGGCAUUUAUGAGUUCAUCAUGAAAAACUUUCCGUAUUACCGGGAGAACAAGCAGGGCUGGCAGAACUCCAUCAGACACAACCUCAGCCUCAAUAAGUGCUUUGUCAAGGUGCCUCGGCACUACGAUGACCCCGGGAAGGGGAACUACUGGAUGCUGGACCCCAGCAGCGACGACGUCUUCAUCGGUGGAACCACUGGGAAGCUCCGCCGGCGCUCCACCACGUCACGGGCCAAGCUGGCUUUCAAGCGCGGUGCCCGGCUGACCUCCGGGCUGACCUUCAUGGACCGGGCCGGCUCCUUAUACUGGCCGAUGUCCCCCUUCCUCUCCCUUCACCACCCGCGGGCCGCCAGUGCCCUCGGCUACAACGGGACCUCGUCGGGAUACCCGGGCCACCCGAUGUCCUACAGCAGCAUGCUCACGCAGAACAUGAGCAACAACCACUCAACGUUCCCGUCGUCCAACGGGCUCAGCAUGGACCGGCUGGUCGGUGGGGACCUCCCCUACGCGACGCACCACCUGACGGCGGCGGCCCUGGCGGCCUCGGCAGUGCCCUGCGGCCUCUCUGUGCCUUGCUCCGGGGCCACUUAUUCUUUAAACCCGUGCUCGGUGAACUUGUUGGCCGGACAGACGAGUUAUUUUUUCCCCCAUGUCCCACACCCGACCAUGAGCUCACAGACCGGCGCCGGAGGCGGCGGCUCGUUGCAGGCUGCCCGGGCUUCGGCUUCCAAUUCCCCGCAGGCUCCGUCCUCUUCCUCGCUGCCAUGUGACGCUCUUAGGCCGGCUUUGUCCGGCUCUCUACCCGCCUUCUCCUCGGGACUUUCCGGGGGUUUGUCUGACUAUUUCACACAUCAGAACCAGGGGUCAACUUCUAACCCGCUCAUACACUAACUCCCCCCUCCCCCCCCUCCCCUGAACUUCAUCCAUCCAUUCAUCAGUUCAUCCAUCCAUCCAUGAAGGAGUGAUAAUCUCAAAAUGAUUGGAACACUAACGUGAUCGUUUUUAACACUGAACAUUUAAGAUGUAAAAAAUGACAAAUUAUUAUAAACUACUACCUAUUAUAGAAAAAAGAAGAGAGACUGCAAAACAAAAAAAGAGCAGCACUGAGAAACUCACAGAAAGCAGCACUGACAUUUCCAGGUAUUUUUUUUAUUUUAAAUAUUAUUAUUAUAAUUAUUAUUAUUAUUACUAUUAUUACUAUGGUUUCUUCGUCUCCAUGUUCUUCUCGUUGUUGCUGUGCCCCAUCUCCUCCUGCAGUUUUAAUUUCUGUGUACAUAAUGUGUGUUCUAAGUGUCCGGGGUUUGUCUUCUGUAUAAUAAUGUCAGUCAGUGACGUGCAAUGUGAUCUGAGAUAAGAAGCGGAGAGAAUGACGAGAGCGCAGCUUUGCUCACGUUUUUUCCUUGUCUUGUUGGAGGAGGCAAGUUUUUUUUUUUUAAUAUUAGAAUGAGUAUUUAAAUUAGUUUUGUUUUAUUAAAGAUUGUUUCAUAAUAAUAAUAAUAAUAAUAAUAAUAAUAAUAAUAAUAAUAAUAAUAAUAAUUUGCCAUGCUGGUUAGAAUAAAAGCGGGGAAAAGUGAUGAUUAUUAUUUUUUUAAAAGCUGAAUGUUCUUCUUAAAGCUGAAUGUUCACAGUGGCCUCUGAACGUUCUUCUCCAUUCAUUCAUUACCUGGUUUUAAAAACUGCUGACGCGCUUUUUAUAGACCAAAGAAUCUGUUCCAUAUGAAGUCAGUAUUGUGCUGUAUAUUCUGGGAGGCCUGCUGAGGUCGGAAUGAAGGAGAGACUCAAAUCCUCCGUCACUGCAGAAAAUGUCCCUUUAAACGAGAUGUUUGGUCCUUUAGGUUGUUUUAAUUAUUAUUUAGACUUCUUUUUCUUUUUCCAAAUAGAUUUUUUUGGUUAUUUCAGCAACUGUUGGCGUCGCUGGAGGAAUUUCAUUUGUAGUAAAAUAAAAUAAAAUAAAAUUAGCGGGCAUUAUUUUUCCAAUUGAAGAAUUGCGCUUUUCGGCGUUACGACUUUGUGCGUAAAUGUCUCGUUUUGUGGAAAAUUUUCCGCAGUGAAGCUUUUUUUUUGCCAUGGAAACGUGAUCGCCGGUUUUAAAAAAAGAAAGCAAAACAAAACACAGACGUUCACGAUUCUUUUUUCUUCUUGUUUUUGUACAAUUAGUAAAAAGAAAAAAGAAAAAAAAGAUCAUCUUUGUAAUUUGACUUUGUUUUGUUUUAGAAAAGGAGGAACGCUGUAAAAAAAAAGAAGAAAAAAAAUCCCGUUUGUUUAACAAAAGAAAUUCUGCCUUCUGAUCUAAUAGGCUCCUAUUUGGAAUGACUGUCUUUUAAUUGUCGCCUCUAAAACAAUUUUUCAUGGUUGUGAUACUGUUGUGGUCUUCUUCUUAUUACCGUGUUUGUCGCUUAUAAAAAGAAAAAAAAAGAAAAAAUGUUUUAAUCCUAAAAAAAGCACAAAUAAAAGAAUAGGUUACAUUCAUAACUAACGUAAUUCCCUUUGUCUCUUCUUUCCUGCUCCAUAUGAAACAACAGAGUGAUUGAUCUCUAUCAGUUUUGGGGUUUCAGGUUGGACGUUGGAAUCGUUGACGCGCAGCCGGAGCUUUUCUUCGGGUUCCGGGUUUGGGCUGCGCUGCAGAGCUUGACUCGGGGCCCCUGCUGGCAGCAGAGCUCUGGGGUCUGGUGCUGAAGUGUCUGCGAGUCUUUUAUUGUUUCAGAGUGUCAUAUUCUGCCCAUUGGAGCGCGGAGAUAUUAGGCGCUGCAGGCUGCGCCGCUUUGCUUUGCGCGCCUCGGUAUCUGCGCUCCGAUCUCAGCGGAGCUGCACGUCUUUGUCGACGUUUUUUUCUGCUGCGGUGAAAAACUUCCAGAUGAUUGAUGAUUAUUUUUUUCGGAGUGAUUAAUCUGAGCGUGGUGUCGCCGCAUGCCGCGUUUGUUCCGGUGUUGCGGUUUUUUGUUGUUGUUGUUGUUGUUGCUUUGCAGAACACAAACAGUCCGGAGAAGUUCGGACUCUUUCAGAUUUGCUCCCCAGAGUAAUGUUCUCCAUUCACUGUUUACUUUAAAGGCAGCUGCUAUAUGAUCCCGGGGUGAGUGCUUUCUGCAGAGCUGUUGAAAUGUGCUUUUGUUGAAAGUUAGAACUUUAGAACCUGCAUUAAAAAAAAGAAGAAGAAGAAAAAAAAAAGAAAAAUUGGGAGUUCUCCUAAAUUCACAAGUUUUGUGUGUUCUCGUGGCCUGACGCCAAAUUUCCUUUUUUUUUUUUUGUCUGUCAUGCUGGAGGACCUGAAGCAUAUCACGGCUUUGUUUGGGUUCUGCUGUGGUUCUUUAUCUCAUGCUAACUGCGAAAUGAAACAAACAAACAAACAACAAAAAAACAAAAA